AAAAAAAUUCUUUUAACUAAAAAAAUCUCGGAAUAAACGACAUUCCCCAAAGGAAACCAUGCGAAGACGAUCAGUAGCAGUUGAAUUUCUCUUCUUCGCGAUCUUCUCUUCCUCUCUAUUAUCAAUUUUCGCCGAGGAACACAAAUUCGACAUUGAUGGAAAAGUGAUCGAUUUAGACGAUUCUAACUUCGAUUCUGCUAUUUCCUCCUUCGACUAUGUCUUCGUUGAUUUCUACGCUCCCUGGUGUGGUCAUUGCAAACGACUCUCUCCUGAGUUGGAUGCUGCUGCUGCUAUGCUUGCUGGACUGGAGAAGCCCAUAGUGAUUGCAAAAGUUGAUGCUGACAAGUAUAGAAAGCUUGGUGAUAAAUAUGAGAUCGAUGGCUUUCCAACUCUGAAGCUCUUUAUGCAUGGUGUUCCAAUCGAUUAUAAUGGACCUAGAAAGGCUGAUGUGCUUGUUCGUUUUUUGAAGAAGUUUGUUGCUCCUGAUGUGUCCAUUCUUGAUUCAGACACUGCUAUUAGUAACUUUGUUGAAGCAGCUGGCCCCAGUUUCCCUAUCUUCAUUGGCUUUGGAAUGAAUGAAUCUGUUAUAUCUAAGUUUGCCAUCAAAUACAAGAAAAAAGCAUGGUUCUCAGUGGCAAAGGAUUUCUCAGAUAGUGUUAUGGAAUCAUAUGAUUUUGACAAAGUUCCAGCUCUCGUGUCCCUCUAUCCAACUUAUGAUGAGCGAAACAUAUUCUAUGGGCCAUUCGAUGAUCAAUUUUUGGAGGAGUUCAUCAAGCAGAAUUUGUUCCCCUUGUGUUUGCCUAUGAACCACGAUACACUGAAGUUAUUGAGAGAUGAAGAGAGGAAAAUUGUCCUUACGUUUGUGGAGGAUGAGAAUGAUGAUAAAACAAAAAAGUUAAUUAAAUUAUUGAAAGCAGCUGCUUCUGCAAAUCGUGAUUAUCUAUUCGCUUAUGCUGGUCUUCAGCAAUUUGAGGACUUUGUUGAGACAUUUGAGAUCAACAAGAAAAUGAAAUUGCCCAAAAUGGUUGUUUGGGAUGGGGAUGAGGAGUAUUUCAAUGUAAUUGAUUCAGAGAGUAUUGGUGAAGAGGAUCAAGGAUCUGAAAUAACUCGUUUCCUUGAAGGAUAUAAACAAGGAAAGACGGUGUCAAAAAGGAUCAGUGGCCCAUCUUUGAUCCAGUUCUUGAAUUCAAUGGUCGGCUUCAAAUUAAUUUUCCUUUUUGUUUUCGUGUUAGCUGUUAUAAUGAUGAUACAAACCAUUGGUAAAUCUGAUGAAGAUAAUGAUGUUAGACGGCCUUUAAGACCUGAUACAAGUGAAGCACAAAGAGUAGGGGACAAGGAAGACUAAAAGAAAUAUGGAGGUCUAAAAUCAAAAGGCGAACCGACUUAGAGCAGGAUCACUUAGAGGGAGAAAGACGAGCUACUGACAGCUUUAACUCGGGGUACUCCAAACUGUUGUCAGGUGCCCCAAUUUGCCAUUAGUUUCGGUUUAAUUUAUGAGGUCGUGCCAUUUUCUGUUCUCUCAGCGACAACAUAGGGCUUACCGUUUUCCCUUGAAUCUUGUUCUUUUAGUAUUUACUGAUCAUUCUGCUUGUUUUCCUUCGAUUACCGUUUAAACAUCGCCUGAUGCAAAUAAAUGGAAACGGAUAGUGUUUUUUUUUUUUGCCUUUGCAACGUAUGGAUUUGUAGCUGUAAAGUUCUGAAUGUACAAAUUCUUGUUGACAAAUGAUUAGCAUAUGCAAACUUCUGAUCAA